AUGUUUUCGUCCCUGUUCAAGGAGACCGGUGGCGCGUCGGACAGCUGGCUGGGUUUCGCCGCCGCGGGGAAGAAGGAGGAGGCGGGGAAGCCGAGGAGCGCUCCGCCGGCGUCGGAUCCGCCGGCGGCGCACCGUGCGGAUGACGCAGGCGCGCAGCGGAAGAGGCGGGCCAAGGCGGACGGUCCCGCUCCGAAGAAGAAGCAAAAAGGCGAGAAGCGGACCCGGGCGGAUAAGGCGCCCGAGGCGGAACUGCGAGGCGGGACGGGCAAGGCGCCGAGUUCGCCGCCAGUGACGCCUGGCGACGGUGACGGUGCGGCGCCGGCGAUCGAGUCGCCGGCCGCGACCGCGGCGCAGCGCGCGGAGGACGAGGCCGAGAAGACGCGGCGGACGGUGUACGUGGGCAACAUCCCCCUGGCGAGUACGCGGAAGGACGUGAAGCGCGUGUUCAAGCAGUACGGGGGGGUGGACUCGGUGCGGCUGCGGAGCGUGCCCGUGUCGCUGGACCAGGGCAUGCCGCGCAGGUCAGCGGUGCUCGGAGGCAAGGUGAACGCAGAGAAGCGUUCGUCGCAGUCGGCGUACGUGGUGUUUGCCACGGAGGCGGCAGCACGAGCAGCGCUGGCCGCCAACAUGAGCGAGAUGAAGGACCCGAAGAGCGAGGCCGUCAAGCACAUCCGCGUGGACAUGGCGCGGCCGACAAAGGAGAGCACGGGCGCGCUGUACGACACGGCGCGCACGGUGUUCCUCGGCAACCUGCCGUUUGACGUUGAGGAGGAGCAGAUCAUCGAGUGGCUGUACUCGGACGCGUCGCUCGAGGAGGCGCCGGAGGUCCGCGACGCCAUCGAGGCGGUCAGGUGUGUUCGAGACAAGGACACGAACAUCGGAAAGGGAUUUGCGUACGUGAUGUUCAAGCACAAGAGCGCCGUGCGCGGAUGCCUCGCGCUCGACGGCGCGCGCAUCGGCGACAGGCCCGUCCGCGUCAACAGAUGCGUGGCCGUGUCCGACAAGCUGAAGAACAAAGCAAGCAGACAGUCGGAGAGAAAGGGUGCGGGCGGGCGCGUCGCAAAGGACACGCGCGGGCAGCGCGGUUCGAGGAGCGAGGAACCGCGGAAGGCCAGCGAUAAGGACUGGAUGGGCGUCAAGGUGAAGAGGUCCAAGGCUGGCAAGCCGAAGGUCACACGGCCUGCUCAGGCGCAGAGCAGCCCGCACAAGGCGCACAAGCCCAGCAAGCCGUCCGCCGAAGGUCCGUCGCAGCGCAAAGCGCACACCGGAGCCGGCGGCAAGCGGCCCGCUGUGGCCGCGCGGAAGGCGAAGAAAGCCAAGGGCGCAAAAGCACCCUGA